AUCUUUCAAGGAAAUACGAAUACCUACACGAUAGUCAAGCGAAUUGUGGAUCCUCCAAUUAUUGCUAGCAAAGUACGGUUUGUUCCUUACAGUAUUCACCUGCGUACCAUCUGCAUGAGGGUCGAACUGUAUGGAUGCAUGUGGACAGAUGGAUUGGUAUCCUACGCCAUGCCACAGGGAGAGCGCCGCGGGGUGGAUAUUAACUUAUCCGAUAAGAUCUACGAUGGCAUUAAGGACGACAGUUACCUGCAUGGGGGCCUCGGCCAGCUUACGGACGGACAAAGGGGCGAGGACAACUUCAGGAUCGACACAAAAGGAUUCGGUAAAGGUUACGAAUGGGUUGGAUGGAAAAAUGACAGCGGUGGCAUCAGCACUUUGUCGGUCGAUGUUCUCUCUGGAUCUGAAACCCGACCUAUAGAAAUUAUUUUUACCUUCGAUGUGGUGCGAAAUUUUUCUGCAGUCUAUUUCUACUGUAAUAAUAUGCAUUCCAGGGAUGUACAGGUUUUCUCCUCGGCCAAGAUCUGGUUCAGCGUCGGGGGUCGUUACUUCCAAAACCAGGCCGUUCAGUUCUCUUAUAUGCCCGAUUUAUUUUUCGAACGCUCUCGAAACGUCACUAUUUUUUUACAUCAUGGAAUCGGCAGGGUACUCAAAGUGGAACUGCAUUUUGCCGCCAGGUGGCUCCUCAUUUCAGAAGUCAGUUUCGAUUCGGUACCAGCAGUUGGCAAUUUCACUGAGGAAGAACCGCCUGCAGCUCCUCCAAUUGUAAGUACUGCUCUAAACGAGGACGCCUUAGGUAAUCAGUACGUAGGCUUGGUUAUAGGAGUAUUGGCAGCUGUUAUUCUUCUGUUAGUGGUCGUUAUCUUCAUUAUCAUAGCUAGGAAUAAAAGGAGGAAAAACACUUCACCGCACAACGUGCUUAGGCCCGGUGAAAACAGAGUCACCAUCAAUAUGAAGGAUCUAGGCUUAACCUUCAGUUCUUGCCCAAGUCACCUAUCCAAUGGCUCAGUCUAUGGGCAAGUGGCAGCAGAUGAUCCUGACAAAUUGCUAUAUCAAGAACCACAGGAUUUGAAGGCUAAUUAUAGUGGAGCCUAUUGCAAUGGCUCAGCAAUCUCUCGUGAAUAUGCAAUACCGGAAAUCAAGAAAACACUGCCAACUUCAUCAACAAAAACCUCCUCAUUUUCUCGGGCUGCAGGUCCUGAACGACAUUAUGCGGCUACGGCAUUACUGGAGCUUCCGAAUAUCCAGGGUGUUAGUGGGAACACUGUCUAUGCGGCUCCAAAUGUUGACGAGGAACUCUUGCCACCAGUACGGGAAGUUCCCAGACAUAAGCUGCACUAUUUAGAAAAACUCGGAGAAGGACAAUUUGGCGAGGUUCAUCUGUGCAGAGCAGAGGGGAUACCGGAACUGGUAGAUGUUCCCUGUCAUGGCAACUCCUCUACUUUGGUAGCAGUAAAAAGUGUUCGACCCGGUGCCAGUGCAGGAACUCGAGCGGAUUUCUUCAAGGAAGUUCGUAUCCUAUCACAACUCCGCGACCCCAACAUCGUUUAUGUACUUGGGGUAUGCACGCAAGGAGAUGGACCCCUUUGUAUGAUUGUCGAAUACAUGGAAAAUGGUGAUCUCAACCAGUAUUUGCAACAGCACGCGCCGGAGACGACAGGCACACUGACUUUCAGACCAAGUGGUACAGCCACAAAAACUCUCAGUUACGGCUGCCUGAUUUAUAUGGCCACUCAAAUUGCAUCGGGAAUGAAGUACUUGGAAUCGUUAAAUUUUGUACACAGGGACCUAGCAACAAGAAAUUGUCUAGUAGGCCGUUCCCAUGUCAUUAAAAUUGCUGACUUCGGCAUGAGUAGGAGUUUAUACAGCACUGAUUACUAUAGAAUUCAAGGUCGAGCAGUUCUGCCAAUACGCUGGAUGGCUUGGGAAAGCAUACUUUUGGGUAAAUUCACAACAAAGAGCGACGUCUGGGCUUUUGCUGUCACCAUGUGGGAAAUACUAACCUUUGCUCGACACCAGCCUUUCUCUGAAUUGACCGACGAACAAGUAAUCGAGAAUAUUGGACACUUGUACCACGGUGAUAACCAGCACAGGCCUUUACCUCAACCAUCUAACUGCCCACGAGAAAUUUACGAUUUAAUGAGAGAGUGUUGGCAACGAAACGAGGCAGACAGACCGAACUUUCGGGAAAUACAUUUGUUCCUUCAACGGAAGAACCUCGGCUAUGCCCCUCAACUCUGACCUCCGGUGGACUUGUCAACAGCUUCAAACCUGAAUGAUAGAUAGUCUCUGAGAAGUUUCGACAUAGGAAGCGAACAGCUUUGCUUUGAAAUGCUGCCCUGCUAGUUUGCACUCGUCGGCCACGUUGCACAAGAAAUUGUCGUAUUUAGCAGGCUUUUGUUCAGAGACUGCAAUUGUCAAAUUAUGUGAACUGUUCUCCCGGGUAACAGGCUCAUAUCGGAAACACAGGGCUGUUCUGUUAGAAGUUACAACAACUUCUUAAGAGUAAAUAAAGACGAGUUGAAUAAAAUGCUACGAAUAUGCAAAGAAUUCCUCAGAACUUCUGUACAAAUAAACGACAAAAUGUAAUAGGAGCUUCGGUUAACAACUUACUUGAGCAAACUUCUGCUUAUAUCAGCCAGUUCAUAAUGACUGAAAAUAUUGUUCACGACUGUAUAAUGAUUCAACAUGGAAAAACUGUCUGAACUUUCGAAGGAUAAUCUUACGGUGGUUUCUGCACUUAUGACGGUGCUGUGCUGGUUCUGCAUUUCUGAUGGUGCCAUCAAUGCUCACGUUUCAUUGCAUCACGGGUACAGAUUAUGGGCACAAAUGAAAGUACUUCAAACAUUUAAUUUCAUAAACUCUUGUAGAUCGUAUUAAACUGUCUACACACAAUCGCAUUUUUAAUUAUCCCAAAAAAUCAAAGACUCAUCGCCCAUUGUGUAAAUGCGAUAAAAUCUCAAACAAUGGAGUGUCAAGUAUUGCUUUUAAUUUUCAGUGUAAACAGUAAGAAAUUAUUCAUUUCCAAGAAGUAAGCAAAGACCAGAACGAUAACAUUUGGACUGGCUUUCUAUAAAUAUAUAGCGUCAAGAGAUGCCAACAUUCUGAGUAAAUGUUCUACCCGUGAAAUGCUCUGUGUGAAAGUCAACAGUGAUUUUAUCUUCUGCUUCUGUGAUUUUUAGGACAUUUAAUGGUGGCAAGUAAUCUUCAGAUACGAGAAUGGCGACAAUAGCUCGUUAUGUAGUACAAUGGCAACCCAUGUGAGAACAUGGAAAUGAAUUGGAUGUUCAUUUAAAAAUGAGAGUACAAUUGCGGAACUGUAAUGCUUCUUUGAAUGCAAGUGUAAUCAAUUGUUUGUGUACUAGUGUAGUCCCCUGUACUGCUCCACCUAAAAUACAACAUUGAGCAUGGAAAUGGGUGAUCAUUACUCAUAAAGUCUGUGAUUUUCUUUUUCUUUAUCCUAUAGAAUCAAGUGACUCUUUGUCAGCUUGAAAGGCAUUUUGUUUACCACUGCAGUGCUCAAUACAAUAGCCAUUUUUUACUUCCCAUCAAUGAAAAAGUAAAAUUUAAAAAUAACAGCUUAUUUUUUACUUCUCAUUAUCAUGGGUUUUAACUUUUAAGAAAGGAAUACCGGUAUUUCAAAACAAUAGGGCUUUUAAAUUUAUGUUUAUGGGAAAAAAUGUCUAUUUAAUAUUAAUGAGAAAAUGUUUAUAUUCAUGAAAAAAAGGUUCAUCUUUUAAAUAUAUGCUAAUGAGAAGUUAAUAAGAAAUUAAGAAGUAAAAUGUGAAUUUAAGUUACGGUAUGGGUAUAAGCUAUUUAUUAUUUUUUCAUGUAUGAGACCUUUAAAGCUAUGUAACAGAAUUCAUAUUUUAUAAAUUAUUUUAAAUAAUUACAUCUUUGUAUUUAAUUUAGCAGGAAAUAAAUCAUCAUAAACUAUUACUCAAAAUUCAAUAAACUAAUAAGGGGGAAGGUGAAAUUAUGUCUCUGUUAAAAUAAGUCUAUUAAGCAUUGUAAAAUUUAAUUAAUAACACAUUCCUCUUAUUUUUAGUACAUAUAAUUAAAACUUAAGUAUUUAUUUACAAUUUAAAUUUAUAUGAUUUAUAUUAUUUUAAUUACAUUUAACUUAUAAUUUAAUUUUUAAAGCUAAGAUUACAUAAUAAAACAUCUGUAAA